AUGCUUGGCCUCGUCACCUGGGGAGAUGAUCGAACGAAAGAGAUUAGUGUGUUUACCGGUCUGCCAGAACUUUUCGAUCGCGGUUUUAAUCGAGAUACGCUCUUGCUAGCCAUUAUGCAGAAGAUAUUCUUAAGAUUGCCCCACCGCCACAGUGCUCCAGCAUGUACAAAUUUUGAUCGCUGCCAUCGCCCGAAAAAGCAAGCGAGGAUUCUUGAGGAGUUGAAAGGAAAGUCGAGAUGGAAGACUCUUUGUCUCCGCCAAAAGUUCAUCUUGAAGACCGAGAAAUUGACUUCUUAUCGCCGCCAAUCAAUGCUUCGUUUUUGGUUCUAUCUGAAGUCAAAGAAGUUGACCUUCAAAAGUCUGUGGAUAACAACGGAGAUGCGGACGGUGAUCUCGAAA